UUAAGUGCGAACAAAAGGGCAAGGCAAGUUGGGGGUUUAAUUUUGGUGAAGCGUAAACUACUUUCAACCGUUGUUCCAAAUUCCAAUUCCUUAAACUAAGCAUAUUCUUUUCUCUCUCUUCUCCCUCUUUCCUCUUAAUUUAACCAUUUUUUCUUUUACAAAUUCCCCCAGUUUCCUUGGAAUGCCCGCAAACCCAAACACAUACCCUAAUUCUUUUUCCCUUUUUCUUCUUUCAAUUUUCUUUUUCGUGGGUUGUAAGUUGUAGCAAUUUGCAGGUUUCUGUGUCUUUCCUGCUUGGUGAUUGUUUAGACAAUUCGACAAUUUAUAAUAUUUGAGUUAUCGGGGUUAUUAGCUAGACUACAGAAGAAUAUGCGGAAUGAUUGGUUUUGUUUCAUGGAUUUUGAUGGAGGGAAUCCAUACAUUUUACCUACAGAGUUUUUCUUCUCGCGUAGUUUAGGGGAUCAUUUAUUUUCACAGUCUAAACAUCUACAUGUUCCUGGAAGCCUAGCACUAAACGAAACUUUUAACUGCAUUUCAAAGUUUGCUGGAGCUUUUUUAUUUUGGUUCACAAGUGGCUCAAGUUCAAAUUUGACUAGGAGAAUAGCAGACACUCAGCAUGUUUCAAAACCUGGAAGCUGUAAAUCUUCUAUGCAAGUUAAGCAAAUUACUUCCAGUGAUUCUAAUCUUGCUGGAUUUAAUUUUAGUUCUAGAUCAAAAAGUGAAUCGGCCACUUCGGUGGUUUUUGGCAAGAUUUCUAGUUCAGCCAUUAGACAAAUGCUUAGAGAAGGAGAAGGAAUCCAAUGUUGUUCUUUGCUCUCAUUAGCGGCAGCAGUGAUCCCACCAUUUGAUAACUUAUCUUCAAAGAUAAUGGCUGUUCCAUUGGACGCCAUGGAUGUACGAAUGCAUGAAUGCCUGGAUCAAAGGCCUUGUGAGAUUGAGCCCCAGCGUUGUGGCAGUUUAUCUUUUCCCAACUUGAACAGGAGAAGACAUGCUGUUGAACCCAGAACAGGCAUAGAGUUUCCAGUUAUAUUGGACAACAUUUUAGACACAGGAAAUAAUUCCAGUUUAACUUCUGAGGUCCUUGUUGGAACUGGAUCCAGAACUAUGAAAAUAAUUAAAAUUAAAUCUCUGAAGGUUUAUGCAUUUGGUUUUUAUGUUCAUCAUCGUGCUGUGUGUGAGAAAAUGGGUAGAAAAUAUGCAUCUAUACCAGUGGGUGAACUGAACAAAAGGCAUGAGUUUUAUGAGGAUCUUCUGAGGGAGGAUAUUGAUAUGACCGUGAGGCUUGUGAUUAAUUGCAAUGGCAUGAAAAUCAAUUCCGUGAAGGAUGCUUUUGAGAAGUCUCUUCGUGCUCGUUUGGUCAAGACAAAUCCAGACACCGAUUAUAAUUGCUUGAAAACUUUUGGUUCUUACUUCACAAAAGAUAUUCCGUUACCUCAGGGAACUACAAUUGAUCUGCGACGAACAGCUGAUGGACAACUAAUUACUGAAAUUGCAGGUAAUCGUAUAGGAGCAGUCAAAAGCAAGGAUUUAUGCAGGGCUUUCUUUGACAUGUACCUGGGAGAUGUUCCAGUGUCGGAACAAACGAAAGAAGAGAUCGGCAAAAAUGUGGCUAGUAUGAUAAGGAAGUGCUGAAUUGGUUCUUGUUCCAUCAACAUUGUCUCAAAUUUUGAAGGGACAAAAAUUUGGUGGUGAAUUAUUUAGCCAUGAUGUAAGUCUAGUAUACGUUGAUUGAAAAUUGCCCCUUAAGGUUGUGGCAAUUGCAGAUUUCACUGCAAAGCUUUCUAGGGUUUUAGCAGUGAUGAUACAGGUGAUUUAGGAGGAUAUAGAUAUAUUUAACAAGGAGGAAGAGUACUGUGAUUCUUUAUAGGGUUUUGGGAUUAAAUAGCUGUCCCAAUUAUAUCUUUUUUUCG